AUGAAUUUCAAUCCCUACAGUUUGCCCAACACAGCAACCAAAACCGCCAUCUCCACCUCCUCUCUCCAAGCAUUACUGGGAGGUACCUCCACAAGUGGUACAACUUCCUCAACUAGUACAACGAUGACUGCGAACACUCCUACCUCCACUACCAACAACACUUCUUCAUCAACCUCCACAACCACACCAAUCAUCAAAUCAUCAUCCACACCAAGUACGACAACGACCACUUCUACAACACCAACAACAAUUAAAAGAUCUCCUCAUCCUCUUCCUCAACGUCCUUCUGUGAUCGAUACUUCCACUUCGAAACCAGUUUCUUCGAAUCCAUUUCUUGCUGCUGAUUCGGAGAAGAAGAAUUCACAACAACCAUCGACACCUCCAGUCAAAAGUACGAGUAGUGGUGGUAGUAGUGGUGGUACGAGUAGUAGUAGUGGAUCGUCAUUAUUGUCAUCUCCUCGAACUGCUUCUGCUACUAUCAUAAAUUCUACAAAUACUUUAUCAUCUCCUCGAUCGUCAGCAACAACAACGACGACAACAAACUCGUCGUUCUCAUCUGUGAAAUCAUCAUCACCCGAAGAAAAGAAAAUUGAAAGUGAGGAUGAAAAGUUCAAAGAGAGGCACAUCAAUUCCAACAACAACAAAAACAACAGUAUUGUCACUACUACUACUACUCCUGUUGUGAAUCCUGAUGGUAACAAUACAAGUGCAAUGAACAAUCAUCCAACAGCGACGAGUGGCACUACCAUCAAAACUCCAAUAACAACAGAAUUGUCUUGUUUGGAGAAGAGUAAGAGUGGAGAUGCUGUUGUUCUUCUUCGUGUUGGAACAAAUGAACAGAACAGCAACAAUACAAAAGUUGUCACAAAGGAUGAAAAGGAGCAACUCGUUGGGGAAGCUUCUUCAAAGGAAUCUGUGACAAAUGGUGGCAAAAUCCCGACUUCGGAGCCCAAUCAUCAAAACAAUACCUCGAACAGUCAAAUGUCAAAUUCACACUCACCCACACGCAAAAAAGAAAAGACCACCACCAACAUGUCAUCGACAACAACAUCAACAUCAACAACAUCUACCACACCUUCACCUACCUUGUCCAAUAAUGACUCGAAACAAGAAAAACGAAGAGGUAGAAGAUCCUUUUCUCCAGUCAACACCGAAAGUGAUGAAGAAAGCGAUGAUGAACCUUCCAUCGAUCCCAAUAAUCAAGUGAAUCCUAUAUUGACUAUUGAAGUAUCGGUGGUGAAACCUUCAAAAGAUUCUUGGAGAAUGAUUUCAAAUUCAUCAAUUUUAUGUUUAUAUUCUUCACAAGAUAAGAAACAAGAAACAUCAUCAAUGAUCGUUCCAACGGAAUUGGCUCUCUGGAGAGAGUCACGAAAGAGAAGAGGAUUUGAUUUGUAUUUGUUUUUAAAGUUGAAUGAAAAUGUUCAAUUUCAAGUAUUGAAAGCAAUUUCAGAUUCCACAACCACGACCAACACUAAUAGUGAUUUAGUCACAAAUCCUCCGAGUUAUUUGGUCAUUAAAUAUGUAGAUAAGAGAACAGAGAGAAUUCAAUUCAUUGGUUUGAUCUUCCAAUCUCCGUUUGAACUUCAAACCACUUUCCAUUUAUUACAGAGAUGCAUUGUGGCCAUUCCUCCACCAAUGACCAUCUCUUCAUCAACAUCAACAUCAACAAACAAUCAGGACAAUGACAUGAGUGCUGCUACAAAGGUAGUCUCUGCAGUGGAGACGAAAAUUGAUGUUUUUAAAACACUGCUUGUGGAUCAAUUGAAUCAACAAAUCUUGUACCAUACCAAACAAAUGUGUUAUCAUGAGAAACAGAAGGAUGAAUUAAUCAAACAAUUACAAAAAUUGGAAUCACCUUAA